UCAGUCACACACUCGACCUCUCAGAUCAACACACAGUCGACAUCUGCAGCCGCUCAGCACUCAAGUCAUUGGCUACUAUGACAGGGCUUCUGCUCCUGUUUUUCCUCCUCUCAUUUGGAGGUCAAAGGUCAUCAGCAUGUCCCCACCUUUGCUCGUGUCAUGGCGGUCAGGUGGACUGCAGCGGCCGCUCUCUCACCUCCUCUUCCCUCCCCUCCACUUUCCCCACUGGGACUACGGAGCUCCGUCUCCAUGACAACCUGCUGACCUCCAUCCCUAACGGGCUGCUGGACGGGCUGACGUCGGUGUCCCUCCACGGUAACCCGUGGCUGUGUGACUGCGGUGUGCUGUACCUGCGGGCCUGGCUGCUGCGUCAGCCCCCCGGACCCUGGUCCCAGCGGGCGGUCAACUGCAGCUCCCCUCCGGCUCUGAGGGGGAGGCUGGUGGCCUAUUUAACGGAGGAGGAGCUCCUGCAGACCUGUCACUACUGGUACUGUGACCUGGCCCUGGCCUCGCAGGUGGCUCUGCUGGUGUUCGUGGGGGUGCAGGGGGCCCUGCUGGUGGCCCUCAUUGUGUUCCUGAGGAGGUUCGAGCUGCUGUCGAAGGAGGCGAGGAGGACCACGGAGGAGAGCUUCAGGGAGAACGACUACACGUCUGUAAAGGACAGCAGCAUCUGACCGCUCAUCAUCUGACACAACACAUGUUUAAGCUCUGUUUGUUUCAGUUGCACAUCCAGUUGAGUACAUGUGUCUUUAUCUUGUGACUUAACCCUCCGGUAUCCCGUCCACCGAGGCCCUUACUAAGCACCAAGUGUGCCUUUUUCACACACUUGUGGAAUAAUGUCAAAAAAUUUUCAUACAGUUUGUUUUUAAUUCUUUUACACUUUU